AUGCUGACUUUGCUUCAGCGUCUAGGGCUCCCGUUGCGCCGGCUGCAGCACCGCCUCCUGCUGCUGCCGCUGCUGCUGCAGCUGCUGCUGCUGCCGCGCAACUGCUGCUGCGUGCAAGUAAAGGCUCACUUCAGCAGAGACACCCCACAGAUUCAUUCACUUGGGGGCCUCAUAGCUCUUUUUCGGGGCCCCCGUGGGGCCCCCUGUUCGAGGACCCCCCUGUGUACUGUAUGUACACCUGGGGUGCAGCGGCACCUUCAGCUUGCAGCAGCAGCAGCAGCAGACAGCUGCAGCAACAACGCGAGCGAAGCAGCAGCACUCAAACCUGGCGCUGUAGCAGCAGCUGCUGCUGCUGCAGCUCGUGCUGCUCCUCCAGCCUUCUCCGUAGGGCCUUCCCCCCUCAGGGAUCUCCUUGGGUUCGCAUGGACUUACAAACAGCAGCAGCAGCAACAGCAGCAGCAACAGCAGCAGCAGCAGCAGCAGCAGCAGAGCGAAGGGAGUUUUAUUAGGAGGUUUUUGUCUCGCAUUGGCGUUUUGAGCUCUGAGAGAAAGGACCUGCAGCUCGACUGGCAUGUGCUGGGGGUCCCUGUAUUUGCAGUGGUGGACUCAGCCGGGAACCCCUUCAUUUAUUCAGAGCAGCAAAUCUUUCUCCCCAGCAGCAGCAGCAGCAGCAGCAGCAGCAAAGGGUUGCUGCGGUUCUUUUGGAGGUGGAGGGAGAGGCGAACCCGCUCUGUUCAGGUGCAGAAGGGGCUUCUCUUCCUUGAUGCUGCAGAUGCUAAUGAAUACCUGCAGCAAAUACUCAAAUCAGCGCCUCAAGUAGAUGCUCAUCUUGCAGCUUUUUCACUCGCUCGCGUUUGGCCUGAACUGCGGCGAUAUCUCAAACUCCGCUCCCCCACACCCAAACCCUCAGGGGCCCCUGUGGGGCCCCCUGGGGGGGCCCCUGAGGGGGCCCCUGAGGGGGCCCCUGGGGGGCCUCCGGCUAUGGAGGGUGAUGGGUGGGGAUUAGAGGGAGUUGGAGAAGAUGAUGAAGAUGAGGUGGGGGCCCCUGGGGGCCCCCCUCUCUUUCAGUGGGUCUUUGUACCCUCAAAAGAAGCGGUGCUGGCAGCACGGAGAUUGAAGGCCUGCUGCGGAGUGCCGCUCUUUUGCUGCUGGCAGCUGCGAGUAGAAAGACACGGGAAGAGAGUGAUGCCUCUCUUCUUUAGUUUGCAAGACCUUAACAAGACCUACGGAUCAGCCUGCAGCAGCAGCAGCAGCAGCAGCAGCAGCAGCAGCAACAGCAGCAGCGGGGAAGAGGGCGCAGGGGUGGUAGUCGUCGAUUUCAUUGAUUUGCUGUUGAGGCUCGCGCUGCAGCAGCAGCAGCAGGUGCUUAACUGUCUGUACACCGCAACGGAAUCUAGAGACCCCAAACAAGCGACAGGAUCUCCUCUGACGCAUCCUUAUCACGAGCAGCAGCAGCAGCAGCAGCAGCAAGAUGCUGUUAAGGAUCUGGGUGCUUUAAUAGACACGGGGCAAUGGGGCCUCGUUCCCAGCUCCCUUGCGCUGCAGCAAGUGCAGCAGAUGACUGCUAAGGGCACCAGAAGGGCCCAACUGCAUGCAGCGCCUCCUCAGUGA